AUGGGGAAUACUGACUCCAAAUCCAGUUCGAUCCUACUGAACCAUUGCAUCGCUCUGGUUCGACCGGAGGACGCGGAUGCGUCCUCGCCUUCACCUACGUCCUCGCCCCCGCCCUCCCUUUCAGCUAGUGCUGACCCGUUGAGCUUAAACCUGUCAAUCUUCAAACUAGAAGCUGGGCCUGAAAUUGAAGCGCUGUUUGGCGACAACCCGGACGUCCCGCUGGACACCGUCUUCAACGAUUUUUACUUGGACUUCAUAUCAGUGGAUGUGCAGGACUUCAGCAUUAACUCUAGUUUCAAAAAAAUCCUGCACAUUAUCGCUAAUUUGAACCCACCUAAUUUCAACAACUUGAUUGUCUUCCUUUCGCUUUACAUUAUUCUCUCCGCAAACUCCUUUCCCGCUUCCCGUACGGGACUUCCUUCUUCGCGGCUUAUCAACGCCAUAAAGACCCUCUCUAUCCUCAUACCCAUUUAUUUUGACCGGAUCAAGUCUAGCACGCAGGACCAUUACGAUAUUUUUUGGGCUACGCAACAUGAAAUUGAGGGUCUUCCCUUGCAAAACAUCCCAUUGGGAGAAAGACUACUGCUGGCGAUCUUGAAACUGGCUUUCCAAGAGAAUUUCACCACUGCAGUGACCGCCCACCCAAGCGAAUUGUGGGAAAUCGGCAUCUUGACCAAUUCCAACAAAUACCACUCGCUACUGAACAUACAUCAUCAGUGGCACCUUUUCGCCAACAGGUUGCUUCUUUUACGUCUGUUGUCAGCUUUAUUUUCUUCCGACUUGUACACGAGCGGCAAUAAACAGGACAUAAACAUGUUUCUUGUCUACUGGUGCACUCAAAUGCCCAAGGACAAAACCAUUCAGUUCGCUUCCUCGCUAUUGAAUUGCACAAUGCGGUUCGUACUCAACAACAACAAAGAUUUCCAGAGCUUAAAGACCAAUUUUUUCAGCUCCGACGCCACUGCAAAUAAUUGGCAGACGCUUUAUUUCCAAUUCGUCCAAUCUUGCCUGCACGUCUUGAAUCUUUCCAUGUCGUAUAAGGCUCAAGACAACGUCAUCACCAUUUUCCUCACUCAAUUGCAGCGAGAGUACGAUUUGAAAUUAAUUCUGUCCAGUUUCAUCAAAAUCUUCAAAUAUCCCAUCGAUCUCGCCAUAGAACAAGAAUCGAACAUUUUCAACUUCACGAACAAUAAACCCGUUGAUGCCAGUAGAAGGAGAGCAGUGUCGACGAGCGCCCACGAUAGCAGUACGUCUCCACAUGCUUCAUUGCCCAAUUCUUCUUCGGCGGCAUAUCAUACCAAGUCGCAAACAAAGGCACAAUUGCCAGACAUUCAUCCUUUGUUGAUACCUAUGACUAUCCUCAUGACAAACUUGAUUGAUUGCAAUAAGUGCUUUCAAAAUUAUUUUGCAGACAAGUUUGCAAAUAGAUUCAUCAUUUUUUCCAUUUAUUACUUGAAGUAUUAUGAUUAUUCAUCUUUAUCGUCGUCUUCAUCGACAAUACGCUCAAAUUCUUCUACCACGAGCAAUGGCGCAUCUAAAGAUACGAGUGACGAGCGUUCUAUUGUGGAGCUGAACGAAAAUAGCGUUUCUCAAAUCUUGUUACCUUUACUCGAUCAUCUUCUGUUGAUUUUGACUUCCAAAAAGCUUGUUCUCUUCAAGAUGUUACAGACUUUCAACCUUAAUUACUAUACAAAUAAUCUGCCAAACUUUUACAAACUCUCCAACAUCAACGGCGAUAUUAAUAAUUUAACAUUCAGAGAUUUCACAAUCAUACAGUUAUCAAAUUUGAUCUUGGACAACAUUAAAUUGAAUCUACAACCAAAUCCAAUUUUUUAUGAACUGAUUUACAAUCUGUUGCCGAUUAAUGACGAAAUUUUGACCAGUUCUCAUAAAAAUGAUGAUUCGCAUGACGAUUUGAUUCUCUUAUCAGCAAAGAAGAAAUCUGCAUCACCAAGUGCUACCGCCUCUAGUCAUACAUCUUCGUCCAAACUAUCCUACAAUGCUGCAAUGUCCCUACUUUACGUUCUUUCCAAGUCAUCAAAUAAGGUUUAUUUGACCACUUACGCAACUCCUGUGUUCAAGACAAAAGACAUACCGUAUAUGAUAUCACCAGGUUUCAAAAUGGAUUUAUUGUCGUUAUUAUUAAGAUCAAUCACAAUCUUUUUCACCUUGUAUUUUGACGAUGCAGAAAACCUGCUAUUUGCCAUGGUAAGACAUCAGUCCAUAACUCACCAAAUAAAUGACUCUAUAAAUUCCAUUUCCAAGGCUUUAGACAUGAAUCCAAACUUAAAUUCCAAUGUCAUGAACCUGAAACAAAUGGGAUUCAAUAGGAAAGUUCAAUGGAAGGAUUUUUAUCAAUUUGAAGAAAUAACAGACCUGCCUCAAGUUAAUCUAUAUUCUUCUGCGAACCAACAACAUCAGAACCAGCAACAAGGUCAAAAUGAAAACCGGGGCCAAAAUCAAAAUGAGGAUCAAGGUCAAGAUAAUGAAUCGCCAAUUCCUUAUUUGCUUUUCAACCCUGCGUCAUUGGAAAAUGAAACAUCGGGGACAGUUAAACAUAUUUCAAGUAUGAAUCAUGAUAAGAACUAUCAAGUCAUUGCAUUUAUUGAUUUCAAGUCAGAUUCUAAUCUGAAUUUGCAACAUCAAUUGGAAUAUUGGCCACAUAGACCUCAAUGGCCUACACAAUUAACAUUUACCCACAAAUGUAAAAACCCCAAGUAUGAAAACUUUAGCGAAGUUUGGUCAGGUACUGUUUAUUUACAGAUUCUUUUGCGUGUUAUUAAACAAAUUUUGUCGAAAGUUCCUGAAAUUCCGAGGAUCAAAUCGGUGCAAUAUUUCGAAACUUUAUCGAAACUAUCGGCUCUUAGAUCUGAUAUAUUAGCUAUAAUUCAUCCUCGGUUACCACUGGAUGUUCGACGAUUAACAACUUUCCAGCCUUUGUCAAUGCACACCGAUGAUAAAUUGUUAAUGUGGAUCCAUAUCGCCACAUGGGCAAAUAUAUUCACACAGACGUCAUUUAAAUAUGAGGAAACCUCCUCGCGUGAAUUGAGACAAUUCGAAUCGCUUUUGGAUGUUAGUAUUGACGAAUGUGACGGUAAUGAUGUUACAAAGCCAACAACAGAUCGUUUGGGAUACAUACGAAGAUCAAGAGGUCAGUCUUCAGUAAGUUUAGAGAGAACAAUAAGCGCUGGUUCAGGUGUAAGCACCCCAACAAUGGCAUUAAAUAGAACAAAAAGUAAUGGAAGCGGCAAUUUAAUGAAUUAUUUUUUUCAGAACACAGCACAAAAUCACUUCCAGCAUUUAAGAUCGUCUUCGUCUUCAUCCUCAAUUACUUUGGAGAAGACUAUUUCUAAUAGUUCUUCAAUAAGAACAAGGCCAAAUUCUCAUCAUGUUGCUUCUGAAACUAAUAAUAACAAUAAUUCCGCUAACAAUAAUAGUAACAACAGUAGCAACGGUGGAUUUUCGUUUUUCAAAUGGAAAUGGGGUGGGAAUAACAGCAGUGGUAACAGUAAUGACACUAAUGCUGGUCAAAGAGAUGAAAAUAAUGGUGCGUCAACCAUUACUGAUGAUUUGAAUAGUUAUAUGUUUGAAGAAGAAAUAAGUCCUGGCGUGGUCAACAAUAUAAUCGAGAAUAACAUUUGGGUUGGAACCAAUAUUCGACUAUUUAAGAUCGCAAACUUUAGAAAGGAAUCUUUUUCAUUCCUGGAAAUGACAUCCUCUUUUUUCAAGAAAUUCAAGUUCAUUAAUAGCGAUAAUGACAACUAUAAUAAUAACGAAUUUGAUGAUAAUGCACAGUUAAGAUAUACCUCUAGAGGGUUGUAUAGAUAG